CACUGGUGCGGUAAAAAGUAGAGGGGGGCAAGUCAUCGCGCAAGUGGCCCAAGGGCGGGGGAGGCUUCCAUCAAGUUACACACAUCAUCCUUUCUCUUCCAGAUAAUACCCUAAUUGAAUUCAACCGCCUGGGGACCGGCUGACUGGGCAACAUGGCUGCUUUUUCAGCCUGGUUCUGGAACGAGAGGUUCUGGCUCCCACACAACGUCACCUGGGCGGAUCUGGCGGACCCGGCUCCCGGGGUGGAGUACCCCAAAGCUGGGCAUUUGUUCACCGCCUUCCCGCUGGCUUUGGCGAUAUUCUGCGUGAGGAUACUUUUCGAAAGGUUUAUUGCCAGUCCGUGCGCACGCAGUCUCCGCAUCCAGCCGACCGUCGGACGGAGAGCUCAGCCCAACGCCGUGCUGGAGAAGGUGUUCGCGUCCAUCACCAAGAAUCCAGACUCUCGCCGUCUGGAUGGCUUGUCCAAGCAGCUGGACUGGGAGGUGCGAAAGGUCCAGCGUUGGUUCCGACAGCGCAGGAACCAGGAUAAACCCAGCAUGCACACUAAGUUCUGCGAGAGCAUGUGGAGGUUUACAUUUUAUUUGUGCAUAUUUACCUAUGGGUUCCGGUUUCUGUGGCAGUCUCCUUGGAUGUGGGAUACACGACUUUGCUGGUACGGUUAUCCUUAUCAGGUCAUGACUCCGGGUCUUUACCACUACUACGUGACGGAACUGGCGUUCUACUGGUCCCUCAUGUUCUCCCAAUUCACCGACAUAAAGAGGAAGGACUUCCUGAUCAUGUUCGUCCAUCACCUGGCGACAGUCAGCCUGAUCAGCUUUUCUUACGUCAACAACAUGACGCGGGUCGGGAGCCUCGUGAUGUGCGUUCACGACGCCUCAGACUUCCUGCUAGAGGCAGGUAAGCUGGCCAACUAUGCCAAGUACCAGCGCCUCUGUGACCUCAUCUUCGUCGUGUUUAGUGUCGCAUUCUUCAUCACAAGACUAGUUAUAUAUCCAGUAUGGGUCCUAAACUCCACCAUGUUUGAGAGCUGGGACAUCGUCGGCCCGUACCCGUCCUGGUGGCUCUUCAACUCCUUGCUGCUGGUCCUCCAACUGCUGCAUAUCAUCUGGUUCUACCUCAUAGCCCGUAUAGCGGUGAAAGCUAUGCUGCGGGGGAAGGUGAGCAAGGACGAUCGCAGCGACAUCGAGAGCAGCUCGGGGGAAGAGUGCGACGCGCCCACAGAGAGCCCCGGGCCCUGCUCUCCUUCUCCCAAGGGACAAAACGGCACGAGGGCCAACUGUGUCGCUGCCAAAGACGGAGCGCAGAAGCACAACGGAUGGUGAAAAGAAGCUGGGAGCCCCCUGCAGUCGGUCCUUCACAACGACUGUCUCCUGACAUUCCCAUGACCUCUGAAGCGUGUGCGCACACACGUGAGGGAAAGCACAACCUGACAAUGGACACUGCUGACAUCUGCUGUGAAGAGCCCUCUACUGACUCAAGACGAGCCGCGUGGAAGCUGCAGUGAUAUGAAGCAGAUGAUUUAUGUAAUGUUAUUUCUUAAAUAGGAUUUAUUUUGUGCCGAGUUGUUGAUCGGUCUUGAUGUUCUCUCCCAGUUUUAUUGGUCAGAUGAACUUGGAUUAUUUUCAUGUUACCGGUUUAUUCACACUGGAUCACAAAGGGCAGAAAACACUACCCUCUGGAAGUUUGUUGCGUUUCCAAUCCAUCCAACACAGCAGGUAUUAUACAUUUAAAUGACUGUGUUACAGCUGUGAUUUCAUCAGCUCUUAAAAGGUUACCUGCUGUGUUUAUUUGUCCAGAAGUAAAAACUUAAACAAAAAGCAGCGAUUGUUUCUGCAAUUUACUGGGGAUUUUUUUUACUUAUUGUUUAGAAACUUUGACCCGGACGCAUAGUUUUACAUUCUUUUUUACUACAUCUUCUGAGACCAAAUGCCUAUAAAAUUGAUUGUCACUGCCUACAGAGGAAUCGAGGGUUGAGGACUAUCGUAGAUGUCUGCUAUCUAGUUCUCACUUAAGUACCUUGUAAAAACAAACAAAUACAUUCUGUUGAUGAAAAGAG